GCACCUUCCCCUUUCUCUGCCUCCCUCUCCCCUCCAUAUAUACGCCAUUGUGUCGCUCCGCUAGUCUCGCGCGACGCCCAUGGGGGAGGAGGGGGGCCUGAUCUAAUGUAGGGGCAGGAGGAAGCCCUUCCACUGUUCCAUCUCUUUCCCGGAGUAGGUGGUGGGCACGACGAAGGCCCCUCGCCCCCACCAGAUUCGUGCAACUCGGCGCCUCAUCCGAUCGGCACCGGCCGCCCAACGCGCUACAGACGCGCUGCCGCGUCGGGACUCUGGAGGACACGGCGGCGGCUUGGUGGAUUGUGGGAGGGAGGGCCUUCUCUUGGAUUUCUGUUGUCGAGGACAGGGUCUUGUAUUAGCUAGCUAUUCACUGGAUGUUGGCGAUGGGGACAGAAGAGUGGGAGCUCUAUCCUUGUUCCUACAGCGGCUCACAGGUGAUAGAGUACAGGCCGGUCUCUGAAGACGAAGACGGCGAGGACGACCAGAACGGGGCCGACGUGGCAGUGUCGCUGGACGCCGUUCUCCCAGACGAUCUCCUGGAGAAGGUUCUUUCCUUGUUGCCCGUUGCGAGCGUCAUAAGGUCCGGGUCCGUUUGCAGAAGGUGGCAUGAGAUUGUGCAUGCGCAGAGGCACGCGUGGAGCAAGACGGUGCCCGAGAAGCCAUGGUACUUCAUGUUCACCUGCAGCCAGGAUGCGGUUUCAGGGUUCGCCUACGACCCGAGCCUCCGCAAGUGGUAUGGGUUCGAUUUCCCUUGCAUCGAGAGGAGCAACUGGGCCACGUCCUCGUCGGCUGGGCUGGUGUGCCUGAUGGACAGCGAGAACAGGCGCAGCGUCCUGGUGUGCAACCCCAUCACUAAGGACUGGAAGAGGCUUCCUGAUGCUCCUGCUGUUGGGGGCAGGACAGCUGAUUACAGUGGCCUCGCCUUCUCCGUGGACAGAAGCACUCAUCGCUACACCGUGGCCGUUGCAAGGAGCAGCCAGGUUCCAUCCGAGUAUUACCAGUGGGAGUUCAGCAUCCACUUGUACGACUCGGUGUCUGGCACCUGGGCGACUCCCUUCACGGGGGUGUUGCUUGGGUGGAGAGGCGGCGACGAGUGCGUCAUCUGCGACGGAGUCCUCUACUACCUGGUGUACUCCACGGGGGUUGUGAUGAACGAUAGCGAGCAUCGCCAUUGCCUUGUGAUGUACGACCUCGAUGCAAGGCAUAGUAGUAGCAGUAGCAGCCACACUUCUCUGCUGAGCAUGGCUAUCCCGGCGCCGUGCGCCCUUACGUGCGGCCGGCUGAUGAACCUGAGCGAGAGGCUCGUGCUGGUUGGCGGCAUCGGCAAGCAAGAUAGGCCUGGGGUCAUCAAGGGAAUCGGCAUCUGGGAGCUCCGUCGCAAGGAGUGGCACGAGGUCGCCCGGAUGCCCCACAGGUACUUCCAAGGGUUCGGCGAGUUCGACGACGUUUUCGCAAGCUGCGGGGCGCGUGAUCUUAUCUACAUCCAGAGCUAUGGGUCGCCGGCGCUCCUCACCUUCGAGAUGAACCACAGGUCGUGGAGGUGGUCCGCGAAGAGCCCUGUUUCCAAGAGGUUCCCGCUGCAGCUGUUCACUGGGUUCUCUUUCGAGCCCAGGCUGGACAUUGCUCUCUAGUUUCUUGCCUCGUGUCUACCUCCCACCAGAAUCUUCGCGUUGCAUUUUGUAUGGUUUUGUGGAGCGGCCAAAGCCCAGGAGGUGGUGCUGCUGCUGCCGUUGAAGCCAUUUGAGCACAGAAAAUGCCCCUUCUUUUUAUACUGUAGCUCUAUUCUUUUCUUUGUUGGGUCUAUUGGGCAGCAGGGUAUAUGCAUUGGAAUGAUCAGUUAAACUUCGCCGAUCAUUUUUGUUGACCUGGACACUGGAGGGACCGAGGGAGAGACGAUGAUGUGGGAGCAACUUGCCUAAGAACUAUUCCUGUUCCAUUGCUAUGAAGGAGAGUAGUCCACCAUUGCUACGGCUUUCUUUGAGCUAUUUUUUGAAGAGCAGAGCCUGUUACUCUGCUUGUGAUCUC